AUGACCAAAGAUGGACGAGAAACAAUCCCACAACCCCGUCUACAGCGGAUACUGCCACACGUGAUCACCCCUCGCGAAGACCAGCAUACAACGGAUCCCCAAAUGCUUUUGGUGCGUCAAGAACUGCAGCGCGUACGACGGGACCCGGUAGGGGAGAUGAUUUACCAUCGAGAAUGGGCACGCUACUUUAGUCAACUACGACAGAAACUACGUGUUGACAUCCAGAGGAUCCCUCGGCCGCCACUAUCACAACCUCGCAAAUCAGCCAACCACCAGGAAGGUGCACAACAACAAAAAAUUGCUGAGAGUGAUAAAACUGCUGAAGGCCAGGACACCAGCGGUAAGUCAGGAACAGCGGCUAGCCAGACAUCACGAAUCCACCUCGGACUCUAA